GAGCGUUAUUCUGAACGCUGAGCUAAUUAACAGAGAGCCCAGGUGUCUGUGCUCCUGACAAACAUGUCUCUGAUUAGGCUGCUCCUAGCACACACUGCCACGGUGUCUCUGGCUUUAGUUUUAACUGGCUUUAUAUUUUUAUACUUUUACUCGAAAUCCUCUAAGUCGUCUAAUUACAACUUCCCCCCCGGCCCGCCGGCUCUACCUGUUAUUGGGAACCUGAACAUUUUGGACCUGCACCGGCCGUACAAAACACUGAGUAAGCUCUCGGAGACAUACGGCAAUGUGUUCACCUUCCACGUGGGUCCCAAGAAGUACGUGGUUUUGACAGGCUAUGAGGCGGUCAAGGAGGCUCUAGUAACCCAAGCAGACGACUUCUCAGAGAGAGGCCAGACGCACACUACAGAAGAUUUAUCUAAAGGCGGGAAUGGUGUUAUCUUCGGUAAGGGGGAAUCCUGGAAGGUGAUGCGUCGAUUCACCCUCUCCACUCUCCGGGACUUUGGGAUGGGGAAGAAGACCAUUGAGGACCGGAUCAUCGAGGAGUCCCAGAGACUGGUGGAGGUCUUCCAGUCCCACAAAGGAAAACCCUUUGACCCCCAAAUCAUCAUCAACUCUGCUGUCUCCAACAUCAUCUGCUCCAUCGUGUUCGGAGACCGCUUCGACUACGGCGACACACAGUUCCUGAAUCUGCAAAGAAUUGUGAACGAGAGCGUCGGGCUGAUUGUGAGCCCCAAGACACAGCUGUAUAACAUGUUUCCUUUCCUGGGCUUCUUCCUCUCCGAUCACAAGAAGGUCCAAACAAACAGAAUAAUGAUGCAGGAGUACUUUAGAAACACAUAUAAGGAUCGUAAAGACAGUGUGGACAGCAAUGACCUGAGGAGCUUCAUCGACACGUUCAUCUCCAGGCAGAGAGAAGAGGAGGCCAGAAAACCCAUCAAGUAUUUCCAAGAGGAUAACAUGGCCGUCACAGCGGUGGACCUGUUUGCUGCAGGGACUGAAACCACCUCUACCACCCUGCGCUGGGGGUUGCUGCUCAUGAUGAAGUACCCACACAUUCAGGACAAAGUCCAGGAGGAGAUUGAGAGUGUGAUUGGGAGGGAGCGCCCCCCGCAGGCCGAGGACAGGAAGAGCAUGCCCUACAUGGACGCCGUGCUGCAUGAGAUCCAGAGAGUGGGCAACGUGGUGCCCAUGAACCUGCUGCACGAGACCAGAGGGGACACCACCUUCCGGGGGUACAGGAUACCCAAGGGUACCCCAGUGAUCCCGCUGCUCUCCUCCGUGCUCUCUGAUAAGACACAGUGGGAGACCCCUCACCAGUUCAACCCCAACCACUUCCUGGACGCGCAGGGCAAGUUUGUCAAGAGAGACGCCUUCAUGCCCUUCUCAGCAGGUCGGAGGGUGUGUCUUGGAGAGACCCUUGCCAAGAUGGAGCUCUUCCUCUUCUUCACCAUGCUCCUGCAGAAGUUUCACUUCCGCCCGCCCCAGGAGGUCAGCCCUGAGCAACUGGACCUCACCCCCACCCCUGGCAUCACCUCAGGACCCCAGCCCUUCCAACUAUGCGCCCUGAACCACUGAGAGACCCUGUGAUACUGCGACCCUGCCUUACUGCAUCUGCUAGACCUUACUACAGCCACUGACCCCUCACACUGGACCCUUCAGCCACAGAAACCACACUUGUGUAAAAGGGGUGUGUCAUGCUUUGCUUAAUAACAAAAGUUUUCAUCUUUCAUGAAAAUAAUUCGUAGCUAAACACCUAGAAUAAUGACAAAGUGAUCUAUGAAAUUGAAUGACAGGUGCUUAAGAAUAAAUCAAUGGGUAUUGUAGUUGUGAAUUCUAAUCGAAAUAUAUAUUAAGUGAUUUCAUAAUCUCUGAUUAGAAUUGAUCUUGAUUUCAUUUGAAAUAUUUACUGACUCAUAUUCACACAAACUGUUACCCUGCUUGUAUAUUCAUAUUAUUGAAUCUGGUCACUUCUUAGUUCUUAUACAAAGACACAUUCUAGACACUUGAGGAAUGCUUGCUUUUACAUGUAAUUGAUAUUUACACUGACGCUGAGAUAUUAUCUGAAUGUUAUUGCUGCUGAGAUUAUUAUACUGACUUGUGUUGUAUUGAUACUCAUUUUCUUUUCUGUUUUGUGUUUUCCUUUUUGCUGAAAUUCAUUAAAGAGAGAACGGUG